AUGCAGCAGCAAGGAUAUCAACCCUUUCCUUAUUACCACCAAGCUCUGUAUCCUCCCCAAACUCCCCACCUCGGCGCCAACAACGGCGCCGCCAAUGGCUACACACUGAAUCCCUACUAUCCUAUGCAGCAAAAUCCAUACGUAGCUGCUGCUGCACCUGCGUCAGGUCCUACGCAAAUGAAUCCUGCACCUUUGGCUCGUCCCAGAAAGUAUACUCAGCCAGAGCCAAAACAUAACAGGAAUGGGUUUCCUCCUCUGAGGUCUGCAAUGAAGCAGCCUGCGCGCCCUGAUGCGACACCUCUCAGGCGGCAGCGAACAAUAUCGGGUAAGGGACCAGAUGGUCUUGCCCGACACCGCACGCGUUCGAAUCCUACGCCUGUGGAAGAAGCCAGACCUGAGUUUAUCCCCAUACACCUUUAUUUGUCUUUUCACGGCAGCAACGAACUUCGCGUCGAGAACGGUGGUCAGCCGGCGGUCACAGAGUUAAGACGAUUGAUGAAUACGCUGUGGCCGCCAGGCAUAGAACUUGAUGAUAUCGAGGGAUACAUCUGGCGUGUACGCUUCGCAGGUUCACCGUGGAACCUAAGUGGUCCCGACUCUGCGUAUGAUAUCAUUGUGCAAAUCUUUACCUUGUUUGCAAGAAGAGGCUACACUUUCCGAACUUUCAUGAAGACAGGUUCACCAUCACCACGUCUUAUCUUUGAAUGCACAAAUCCUGACAAAGACUCGCGGUUUUUUGUGGCCUACUUCUCUCGGACUGGUCGGUGCAUUACACUCGUCUCGCCUCCGGCUGUGGUCAACGCGGAAAUAGGCCACCGCCUCGAAGUUGCUUUGCCUGGGGCGAUAGAGUCUGAUCAAGAGGUUGAAGGAGGCUUUCGCGUUAUUAGACUGCGGGACGCUUACGGCGGACCCCUGUUUGGCAAACAUUUGUUCAUUGCAUACAUCCUCAAGAUCAUGGAAGAGCUUAAUUUCUUACUCGAAGCCACGAUUCCCUUGGGCAGACGCGUCUCAUUUGGUCUUGGUCUUGGAUUAGGACCAAAGCGAGAGAUAUUCGUAUUCAAGGGCUUUAGUAGAUGA